AUCGAUAGUAGGGAAUAGUCAUCGAUUUUGCACGUGUUGUGUUUAUUCAAAACAAAUAAAAAAAUGCGUAAAAAGCAGGCGGAUGAAAUACCAGGGUUUCCCUCACUGGACAACGAUGGGGGCACCAGCGACCGCGGCGCCGACAUUCUCAAGUCCAAGUCAAAGAAGAACAAGAGUGGCGGAUUCCAGUCCAUGGGCCUGGGUUUCGAGCUGAUAAAGGGCAUAACCAAGCGGGGCUACAAGGUGCCCACGCCCAUCCAGCGAAAGACAAUCCCCCUGAUCCUGGAGGGACGCGAUGUGGUGGCUAUGGCCAAGACCGGCUCCGGCAAGACGGCAUGCUUUCUGAUUCCUCUGUUUGAAAAGCUGCAGAGGCGCGAGCCCACAAAGGGAGCCCGUGCCCUGGUCCUGUCUCCCACGCGAGAGCUGGCUGUGCAGACGUACAAGUUCAUCAAGGAGCUGGGCCGCUUUAUGGAGCUGAAGACCAUUUUGGUGCUGGGAGGCGACUCCAUGGACUCGCAGUUCUCGGCCAUCCAUACGUGUCCAGAUGUAAUUGUCGCAACGCCCGGCCGUUUUCUCCACUUGUGUGUGGAAAUGGACCUGAAGCUCAACUCCAUAGAGUACGUGGUGUUUGAUGAAGCCGAUCGACUCUUUGAGAUGGGCUUCGGCGAGCAACUGAACGAAACGCUGCACAGACUGCCGUCCUCCCGGCAGACGGUCAUGUUCUCGGCCACGCUGCCUAAGCUGCUAGUGGAGUUCGCGCGUGCCGGACUGAACGACCCCGUCCUUAUUCGUUUAGACGUCGAGUCCAAGCUGCCGGAUGCACUGGCUCUAAAGUUUCUCUACUGUCGACCAGACGACCGCUACACAGCACUGGUGGUUCUCCUGAAAUAUGUCAUUCCGGUGGAGUCGCAAACCGUGGUGUUCGCCGGUACGCAGCACCAUGUGGAACUCAUUUCGUACAUACUUACCGAGGCUGGAAUCUCCAACGCGUCCGUCUACUCGAGCCUGGAUCCAGCUGCUCGCAAAAUAAACACCGCCAAGUUUGUGAACAAGAAGGUGUCCGUGUUGAUCGUCACGGACGUGGCCGCGCGUGGUAUUGACAUUCCCAGUCUGGACUUUGUGGUGAACCUGCACUUCCCGGGUAAACCGAAACUGUUUGUGCACCGGGUAGGUCGCUGCGCUCGCGCUGGUCGCACAGGAACCGCAUACUCCAUUGUAUCCACGGACGACACGGCACAUCUACUGGAUCUGCACUUGUUCUUGAACAGGCCCUUCAAUAUACACGACAGCUCGGCGUUGGGGACCAUUCCGCAAGACUUGCUCGAGGAAGAGCACCUCACAGUGACGGAUAUAAAGAAAAGCCACCAUAUUGCCGGAGUAUUGCGCACCAGCGAAAACGCCUACAAAAAGUACUUGAGUUCCCGGCCAGUAGCCUCCACGGAUGCGAAUGCGCGCGUAAAGAAAAUCAAAUUCUUUGCGCUCAAGCCACUGGAGGAUUUCUUCAACGCUGCGCCUGCUCUCGCCAAGGCUGCUGAAGCUAGUGGACAGUCAGCAGAGUCGCAGGCCAAGGUGUCUGCCACGGAGCGCAAGUUGCAGGAGGCAAAGCACGAUAUACUGGUCAAGAUGCGUAGUUUCCGACCUGGCGGUACCGUUUUUGAACUGAACACCACGCAGAAAUCGACGCAGUUCGUCGUAAUGAAGGAAAAACGAUUGCAGCAUGCGGAGGUAAUUAGCAAGUUCAGGCAGCAGCGCGCCGAAGAGGACAUCGACGAGGAAAAGAAGACGACCGAGGCGCUAAACCCGAGCUCAGACAGAAUGCCCACCGCCGACGAGGAAGCUAUCAGUAGCACUUUCAACAAAGUCGUUGCACCCAAGAGGUUGCAGAACAUGGACGCCCUUUACAAGGAUAAGCCAAAGAAGAAGAAGCGCAAGAUAAACAGCAAGGACGAGGACCACUAUGUGCCCUACCAGUCGGCGGACAAGCACACAGAGGAUGGUCUGGCCAUCAACAACUUUGAGCGGCAGGCGCAGAAUGCCGAGUUCUCGGUGUCGGACCACAACCCAUCCCAGGACGUGAAGCACAAGCCUGGGCUCAAGAAGUGGGACCGAAUUAAGAAGAAAAUGGUCUCUGUACAGGAUCCGCGAGCCAACAAAAUUCGGACCGAGUCCGGUGCUUGGAUUCCUGCCUCCUUCAAAACAGGUCGCUACGCCGAGUGGAAGGAGAAGUCUAAGAUCGAGGACCAGCUGCAGCGCGAGAAUGCGGCCAGUGAUGACGAGAACGCCAAUCCAUUGAGCCACGCCCAGCGCUACCCAGUCAGUCGCCACGCACGGCACAACUUGAAACUAGAGCUUAAGAAACGGCUGACCGGCAACGACAAGGAGAUGCGUCGCCCCGAGCAAAUUGUCAAGUCCCGAAUGCGACUGGAGUUCAUCAAGAAGCGCAACGAGGAUAACGCGGAGCGGAAAAGCGAAAACCGCAAGCGCAGCAUGCGGAAAACCCAGCGCCCCAAAGCUCAAUCAACGGGUGGCUCCAGGAAAAGGAAGUAGGAAGUAGUUUCUACGCAGAAACAUUGGGACCGUUUAGCCAACUGGCGCAUGGGUAGUUUUCUGACAAGUCGCCUUCCCCGAAGGAAACACUCCCCAUAUUUGUUUACUGGAUGGAUGUAGAGUGUUUUUACAAUAGUACACAAUAAACGAUGAACUACA